AUGUUCGAGCGGAGUAUGCUAGAGAACAUAAUUGUGGCAAUGGACACAGGCAGUGGCAAGACACAUGUUGCUCUACUUCGCAUUCGAGCAGAGCUGGAGCGAUCUCCGUGUACCAAGUCCCUGAUUGUUUGGUUUCUUGCGCCUCAUGUGGAACUGUGUAAUCAGCAAUACAGAGAGCUCUGCAAAGGACUUCCUGCAACUAAAAUCAAGCUGCUUGUAGGCUCCGACAACGUUCAUCGUUGGAGCGAGCAAAGCAUAUGGGACGCAGCACUGGAUCAUGUCCGUCUCGUGAUCUCAACGCACAAAAUUCUGGAGGACGCUUUGGCCCACAAUUUUGUGAAGCUCGAGACCCUAAGUCUUCUGGUAUUUGACGAAGAAGCGCACCACUGUGUUCGCAAGCAUCCAGCCAACGCGAUCAUGCAAAGGUUCUACCAUCCCCGUAGGAUGAAGCUCGGAUUCGAUUCAGUCCCUCAUAUCUUGGGUUUGACGGCCAGCCCCAUCCAAUCGAAGCUCAAGCAACUGAAAUAA